UAAUGUAAUGCGUUUAUGAAACAUGACCGUAUAUAGGGCAUUAACCUAGCAACUGGUACUAAGCAACCAACAAAAUGUGAUAUAAACAAAUAAUUAUGAAACCUAGUAGGCAUAUGCGUGAUUAGAAAUGAAUACUAAUCUAUUAUUUUAGAGAAACAUGUACGGAAUGCUUUGAAAUAUAAAUGAAACAUGAUUUCCAGAAAAGAUAAUCUACUUGUAAGACCUUGGGAAGAAAGAAAAUACCUUCACCAUCGCCAAAAGGUGAAGUCAGCCCUGCCAGCUAUAGACAACCGCCCUCCACCAUUCAGAGCGCACGUGGCCAUUAAAUGGAAGAAGCACCAAAAGGAAAUAGAACGAUGCAGUCAGAUAGAACGAGAAAACUUCAUUCUGUGGCAGAAAAUGAACGAUCUGGCCAAAACCAGCAGGAUAGAUAACGUGUGGAAAACGCCGCAACCGAAUUUUCUUAACCGAGUUGCAAUGUAUGAGCUCAUAGAUGAUCACAUUCCGGAUAUAGAGGAGUUGCUCAAGUUAGAUCUGGAGGAAACUGACGAUGAAGAGCCAGCGAGGAGUAGGAAGUCUAGCUGUUACGCGUGUAAUUCCAAGAGAGAUGUGGAAGUCGUCAAGAUCCCAGAAGAUAGAGUCCCAUGGGAGCCACCUAAAAAGCCAGUAGGCAGAGGUCGAAGCAGAUCUGUCCCUGUUAGAAAACCGUCAAGUGUGUCUUCUAUCAAAGAAUGUAGCGACUUCAGAAAAUCAUCUUCGAAAUCCAAACAAAAACCAAUGACUGCUACAAGGAAGAUAAGGUCUGCUACAGAAAAGGAGUUGAAAUCAAGCAAUAUUAAUGUCAGCAAACCUCCGCAGAAUAUUGAACUUAGUAGAGGAUAUUUGAAUUUGAAGAUCAAUUUUCCUUCAGAUUCUACGGUUAAGUAUCAAGAAGGAAAUGUACAGAAAAUUUUAAUGAAAGGAAUUUGUUUUUGUAAAAAUAAACCUUGGAAGUAGGUAUUCGUAUAAUUAAUAUUCGAAUCUAUGUUUUCCUAUAAUCCUGCAUUUACAAAACAUUUGGCUGUAAAUUUCCGGUGCCUAUAAUAAAAAUAAU